CCGAGUCACGUGGAAGCUUUCACCCAAUCCUUGUCUCCAGCCAACCCGUCGCCUCAUUUACUGCCUACUCCCCAUUUUCGCCGUUCCUAGAACUUCCAGAUCCUGUCUCAACUUCCGCCCAUCCCCCAUCAUAUCCAGCGCGUCCUUGUCAUUUCUUCCGAGUGUUCACCAACCCGAAUCGAUCACUCUCAGCGUCAAUCGAGCAUCGAGAGAUGAGUAGUCGCGGCGGUAAACUAGCCCCAGAAGUCAACCGGUGAGUCCGAAUUCUUCUUCAAUGCCUAGCCUGCCUCUGUAUAUCUCUGCAUCCUGCCCCUGCCUUGCACACACGACCACCCGGGACCCGGCCAACGUCACCCCACGGCCCACGCCGUACACGCCCGGUCCUGCCCCUUUCGACACUCCUCGGGGUCCUUAUUGAUACCACUUCCGUUGCACUACUUGAUGAUGGAACAUGGCUGACUGGUUGUCGCACAGAGCUCUGUUCGUGAAGAACUUGAGUUACAACGUAACUCCAGAGGAGUUGUUCGACCUGUUCGGCAAAUUCGGCCCGAUACGACAGGUCCGUCAGGGCAUUGCUAGCGGUACCAAGGGUACCGCAUUCGUUGUCUAUGAAGACGUAAUGGAUGCAAAGCAAGCUUGCGACAAGCUCAACGGUUUCAACUUCCAGAACCGUUACCUCAUUGUUCUCUACCACCAGCCAGAGAAGAUGCUCAAGUCAAAAGAGGACCUCGAGGCCCGCCGGGCCAGUUUAGCGCAGCUCAAGAAACAGCACGGUAUCGAUUGACAAUCCGACGGGUCUGCGGCACGCCUCCAGACAUCUUCCUCGUCUGCAGGCCCGUCUAUGUCUUCGCUUAAAUCGAGCGCUUCUCCGGAUCAGAAGACGAUCCUAAGAAAGGGCAAGCCGACCAUCACCGGGCACGCACGCAGAGUCGGUGUACGAUUCGCUGACGGAGUGCGGUCUAACUCGCUCCAGGCCCAGACUUGCGC